GCCAUGGCCUCCCAAUCAGCCUCGACAUCUUCCCCAGAUCAUGAUGAUAAAGAGAAGUACGGCGGCACUGUCAAUCAUCAUGUUGUUGGCGUCAAGGAAGAAGCUCCGGAAACAUUCUAUGUCUCUAAGUAUGGAGCUCUAGGUCCUAUACUCUCUAGGAUGUUCGCAAGUGGUGUUGAGGCUAGGGGCGUUGAGCGAGUGCCGGAAGAUAAGCGAGAUCCGAAGAAUACCUGGAAUAAUCUUCUUAUGUGGUGGUCUGUAAAUACCGUAUUAACGACUAUCCCGGUCGGUACAUUAGCGCAAGAUGCUUUUACCCUAACUUUACCACAUGCCAUCGCAACUAUAUUCUGCUUUGGUGCUCUCGGAGCAGUUGCGACUGCGUUCAUAUCCACACUUGGCCCGCAGACAGGUUUGCGCACGAUGAUUAUCACACGUUAUAGCUCCGGGUACCUCGGCUGUACCAUCUACUCGAUUUUAAAUAUAUUAACGCAACUCGGUUUCUCGACAACAUGUGUGAUUCUAGGAGGCCAGACUCUCGCAUCGAUCAAUCCGGGAACGCUCCCACUUGUCGUCGGAAUUAUUAUUGUCGCUGUGUGUAGUCUUGUUCCGUGUUUCGUAGGGUAUGAACUAGUUCACAUUUACGAACGCUAUGCUUGGAUGGUCAUUACAAUUAUCAUGCUGAUGCUCUAUGGCUUGGGAGGGAAAGCCGGGUUUGAUAUCAACGCACAGAAGGCUUCUGAAGAUAAGGGGAAAGACCUUGCUGCUGAUAUUUUAAGCUUCGGAGGGAUCGUCUUUGGAUCAUUUACAGGUUGGGCACCAGUUGCCGCAGACUAUAACUGCAGACUCCCGGCGACUAUUUCGAGGACGAAGGUGUUCGUCCUUACCUUCUUUGGCCUGUUCAUCCCGAUUACCUUUGUUGAAAUCCUCGGAGCCGCUCUGAUGACUAUAUCCGACCCGGCGUAUCCUGCUGCCUUCGAGGAUGGGGGGACGGGAGGCCUAUUAAGCCAAGUCCUCUCUCCCUGGAAGGGAGGAGGUAAAUUCAUAUUGACGAUCUUGGCUCUUUCGGUCAUAGCAAAUAACAUCCCGAAUACAUAUUCUGCUGGACUCUCCAUGCAAGCUCUAGGCCGACCAUUUGCGAUCAUCCCGCGUUUCUUCUGGACAUUCCUUGCAUUUGUCAUCUAUACCGUUGCAGGCAUUGCUGGUCGCGAACAUUUCUCGGAAAUCCUAUCCAACUUCCUCGCAAUCCUCUCAUACUGGACAGCAUUCUUCAUUGUGAUCGUCGCAGAGGAACAUUUCAUUUUUCGCAGGAAAGGCGGGCCCUUGGGUGGGUACGACCUUGACUCUUAUGACGACUGGAAAAGACUUCCUCUUGGCCUCGCCGGUAUCACAGCAGGUUGCUGUGGGGUUGCUGGAGCUGUAGUUGGGAUGGCAGAGGUCUGGUAUAUAGGACCCAUUGCGGCUAAACUUGGUCCUUUCGGAGGUGACCUCGGUUUCGAGCUUGCUGCGGCGUUCGCUGCAGUGUCCUAUGUACCAUUGCGUUGGCUUGAGAUUCGGUGGACUGGCAGAUAGUACUUUAUGUAGUUACUGACCUAUUAGUGCUCCGCACCGUAGCGUAAUUUACGGAUACGCCUGCAGCGUAUACGCUUACGCACCGUAUCGUAAGAGAAAAUUUUAGCUGAAAAUACGGGCGUAUAUUUACGCGCGUAUGCGUAUACCAUAAGUAAAAAAUUUCCGUAUACGCCGUAUACGAGUAUACGGUAUUACUAAGCAUAUUCUCUAAUUAAAUACUAAGUUUGAGUUUCUAAACCUCAUUUACUUU